AUGCUUGCCAAUCGUAUUUCGUAUUGUAUGAACCUUGAGGGGGCUUCGAUGACAAUUGACACGGCCACGUCUUCGGGUAUCGUUGCAUUUUGCACUGCUGUGAGUCAUAUAGAAUCUGGAAGGAUGAUAUGCGCCCUUGCUGGCUCAUCUCAAUUGAUCAUUGCUCCCGAGGUCACAGUAGCUUUGUGCAAUCUGGGAAUGCUCUCGCGAAAGGGCCGCUGCCGCCCUUUUGACGAGGCUUCCGAUGGUUUCAUUAGAUCCGAGGGAGUCGUGGUUUUUUCGCUGGUCAGGGAAGAUUAUGUCGCGGACUAUGUUGACACUUCGCUUGUGAGACCACUCGCAUAUGUUCGUGGGCAUGCAAUUGUUCACAGUGGGAGGGCUUUUUCCACCACAGCACCCAGCGAAAGUGCUGAGCGCCGUGUCAUGGAAGGAGCUCUAACCAAGGCAAGCAUGUCUGCCGAAGAUAUUGACUACAUCGAAGCCCACGGUACUGGAACAAGAAUGGGCGACGCAGUGGAACUUCAAAGCCUCGCGGCUGUCUUUGGAGGCUCUCACGAAUCUGAAAGGCCUCUCCUUGUGGGUUCGAUCAAAGGAAACAUCGGACAUUGCGAAGGCGCAUCAGGUGGUGCAGGAAUUUGUAAGGCUAUUCUUGUGCUCAUCAACCGCUGUGUCCCAGGCACCCUUCAUUUCAAUCGCCUCAGCAGCUUAGUAGAUAGAAUUCCGCGAUACUUUUCCAUCCCUCGUGCACCAACCAAAUUUUCUGUGCCUGAACGGCCGCUUGUCGUGGGUAUUAGCUCAUUUGGAGUUGGUGGCUGCAACGGACACGUUAUUUUAGAAGGCCCACCAACAGGCCAGCACGACUUUAGGACACAGCUGAAUGACAAGUGUUACUGGAAGAAAAGCCGCUUUCCCUGGUCGCACCUAAUUAGCGUGCCAGCAGGCAGUAGCGACGGGGUAUCUCCUGUCGAGCUCAUAACACCGGAGGGCUGCAUUGCAACACCUUCUUCGUCCUUCUGCGGCACAAACUUCAGUGUUGCCGCGUCAUCUGUCGACCAGGAUGCUGGCCGUGGUGGUUCUGUAGUGUUCACUGACAUACCCAUUCUAGGACCUGGGAGUGGGAUAAACAGCACGAGGGCCAAAGACGCCCUUCAUGACAACUCAUUGAGUCUGAUGAAUGGCUGCGAUGGAAUGAUGCAAGCGGAACAAGCGGAUCUCGGCGCUGUUUCGUCAAGCUUCGAAGAUGUGGACGUGCUCCCUGACUCCGGCUCACGAUCUCAGGGAAUUUCCCCGGUUCCUGAAGUAGACAAUGUUUCACAGCAGUCCCUAACACCACCAGCACCGUCCAUAUCUCGUGAACAGAUCAGGGCAGCAGUUCACGAAGCCCUGAAAGUAGCCCUGGAUCGCGAUGAACCUUUACAAGAGAACACACCGUUUGUGGAAGCAGGAGUAGACUCGAUGGCAUCUAUUGGAGUUAGGGAGAGCCUUUCAAAAAAGCUACAUAUGCAGCUUCCAGCAACCAUUUUAUAUGACCAUCCAUGCAUAGCUCAGCUGGUUCCGUACCUCCAAGAGAUCUCUUCGGCAGCGCAUGAAACGGAUUUGAACCAGAAGAUGCUACCUAGACUUGGGCGUGGUUCUGAGACAAGCGCGGUUGCAGUCACUGCAUUAGCUUUCAGGCUUCCACCAGGGGCUCAGUCCGAGGCAGAUCUUUGGGGUGCUCUUGAAGGUGGUCAUGACUGCAUUAAGCACAUCCCCCUUACACGUUUCGAUCCUUGGAAGUACAAGGACACUUCUUCAGGCUCACUAAAUAAGCUUUAUGUCAACGAUGCUGGAAUAUAUCCUUAUAUGGCCUUAUUUGAUAACGCACUUUUCAAUAUAUCUAUCGCCGAGGCUCAGCUAAUGGAUCCUCAUCAACGCGUCUUGCUGGAAGUUUGCCAUGAGGCAGUUUCAAGUACUACACAGCGAACAAACCAACUGGAUGUAGCUAUUGUCGUAGGCUGCUGCAACAAUGACUGGGUGCGUGAGGCGUGCACCUCGACGCAGGAAGCGAAGAGCUUGAGUGGGACUGGUGGAGCUGCAUCAAUAGUUUCAAACCGGCUAUCUUAUGUGUUCAAUCUACACGGACCAAGCAUGACCAUUGAUACUGCUUGCUCUUCUUCCCUUGUAGCACUGGAUGUGGCAAAGCAGUUUCUCAACGACAACAGGUGCAGCUCAGCGAUUGCAGCAGGAGUUCAUGUCUUGAUCAAUCACUACGUCUUUGAACAGUACUGUAAGGCUAACAUGCUCAGCAUUGAUGGAAGAUGCAAAACCUUCGACGCCUCUGCCAACGGCUAUGUCCGCAGUGAGGGAUGUGGUGCACUCCUCCUGCAGACGCUUCAACGCGAGUCUACAAAACCACACACUGUCUACGCCUGGAUUCGGGGUACUGCCAAUAACCACGUAGGCAGAAGCGCAAGUCUCACUGCGCCCAACGGCCCUGCUCAACAAGCAGUCAUUCGAGCAGCUCUUCACAAUGCCCAAGUAAAAUCGCCUGCAGAUGUGUCGGUGUUGGAGGCACAUGGUACUGGGACGUCUCUGGGAGAUCCUAUCGAAAUUGGAGCGAUCCGCGCAGUCUACUGCAAUGGCUUUGCAGACAGUCCCCCACUGAUAGUGGGCGCCUUGAAAUCGCUCAUGGGGCAUUCUGAAGGGGCCGCAGGCAUCGCGGGACUCAUCAAGCUAAUUCUGGUCCUGCAACACAGAAUGGCUACUCCAAAUCUGCAUCUAAACAUGCUAAACCCACACAUUGACGUGACUAGAAGCGACAAGUACAGAGGCCUCAUGUUUCCGAGCAAGUGUGUUCCCCUCGAUGGCCUGUUUGGGAUUCACGAGUCGCAGCCACUGCUGGGUGCGGUGAGUUCGUUCGGAUUUGGAGGUUCCAAUGCUCACGCAAUUGUUGAGGUGGCCCCCACGUUCAAGUCGACCUGGGCGGCAACUGGGGAGCCAGCCAACGCCACUUCGGGAAAACGCUGUGCCAGUACUGUGUGGCUAUUUACUGGACAAGGAUCGCAAUACCUGGAUAUGGCAUGUGCUUACUUCAACCAUAGUGCUGUAUUCAGAAACACAAUUUCCGAAUGCACCGCGUGUUUGAAGGAAAUGCACUGGUUCCCAGAAAGAGGCCCUCAAAGUAUUGAAGACAUGAUAUAUGGCGCAGGAGCGCAACCCGACAGGAAGGCAAUGGAGGAACUCUUAAGCCAAACGCAAUACUCACAAGUUGCUAUCGUCGCCGUUGAGCUAGGUUUGAGUCACGUGCUUCUGGACCGCGGGAUGAAGCCCGACGUUGUGAUUGGCCACAGCUUGGGUGAAUACGCGGCGGCCGCUGUUGCUGGCGUGAUGGGAUGGAAGGAUGCCUUGCGUCUUGUUGCAAGGCGCGCAUCGCUGCUGGCGGCCCAGCCCAGCAAUGACGGAAUCAUGGUAGCUUGCCGGCUGCCAGCUGACAAAGUCCAAACUGCCCUCUCCGGCGACCUUCAACACUUGCACGCAGUCGCCCUUGCAGGGGACAAUGCUCCACAAAGCGUGACGAUUGCAGGAGCGAGGGAUGAAGUGGACACGCUGCUUCGGCACCUUGGUGCUUCUGCUGCUGCCAGGCGCCUCCCAGUAUCCCACGCUUUCCACUCUCCGCUCAUGGCGGGUGCUGUUGCGGAGAUGGAAGCAAUUGUCAGCACAGUAAACCUACAGCCGGCGAGCAUACCCAUUGCUUCGACGGUUCGUGGGCGAAUGCUUGACCCAUCAGAGCCUCAAGAUCCACAUUAUUGGGGCGGGCAGCUUACGCUGCCUGUCAGGUUUAGGGAAGCUGUUAUGGCCGCGGUUGAGUCAUGCGGUUUGGAUCACAUUAUCUUUGUAGAGGUAGGGCCCCAGCGAACUCUCAUUAAUUUGGCUGCACAGACAAUUGGUAAGCAUGAGGGCCACACGGUGGAGAUGUUCAACAUGGUUGAAAGGGGCGAAGCAGCCGAUGAAGAAACACUAAUGGAGAGACUUCAGGAGUGCCAGCGCAUAUGCAGGGGCGACGACGAUUCCAUCUCCACGCACAAGUGGAACCACCAGUCUUUUGAAUGGAGGAAGAUAUCUCACCCACUCAUCGACAGCGACACUGCAGAUCUCAGUACUGAGCCAGAAAAUGGCGUCGCAAUUUGUGAAGCAAGCGUGCGCAACGGCACGCUGCGCGUUCUGAGGGACCAUCUUGUAUGGGGUAUACCCAUUCUUCCAGGCGUUGGCUUCAUCGACGCAAUGCUAGGUGCUGCUUUAGCUCGACAUGGCUGCACAUUUGGGGAGGCCUGCAUCGAGCUGCAAAACGUAGCCAUUCUCAAGCCGAUGAUUUUGUACGAAGGCCCUGAAACAUGGGGAACCCGUAUCGCUCAUUGUCCAACCAGCCGGAGCGGUGUUCAUCUGAAGCUACGGCUAGAAGAGGCAGAAGAAUGCACGUACGCUACCCUUUCCUCACACCACGCUGGAGGCAUCGCAGCUGAUACAGCUCUCUCUGCUGAGGUUACUCAUGCUGAAGGCUGGAUUUCGGUGAUGGAAGAUGCAAGUUCUGUGAAGCCACCGCCACUGGAUGUCGAGGGGAGCACUAAACGCCUGACUGAAAACAUGACUCUGCAUUACGGUGCUGCUGAAGCCUACGAAGAACUUCGGCGGCGUGGACUAGAAUACGGACCAUGCUUUCAAACUAUUAAGGACAUGUUGAUUGCAGACACUUCUGCACUUGUAAAGCUGCAGUUCCACCACGAAGUCGCUGAUUUCGAACGUAGCUUCAUUUUGCAUCCAUCAAUCUUCGAUGGAUGUGUGCAGGCCGCAGCACUUCUUGCAUUCAGCGUGCAUAGCUGCGCAACAGCCCUUGUGCCUGUUAGAGCCUCCGCAGUGCGAGUGUGGAAUAGUACGUGUGCAUUGAAUAACUGCUACUGGGCAGAAAUAAGCAUGAAAACUGGUGGUAAGGACGCAACGACAGAGUCCGAUGGUGCUCUCGUUUCCAUCACUUUGUUUGAUGACAGCGCCAAUUCGAUUGCACAGAUUGGUACCAUGUGCUUGCAGCCAGUAGUGUCGAAUCAGAUCUUUCCUGCGGAGAGGGACCUUGGACGUGGGCUAUUGUGGGGCGAGAAUUGGAUCGAAAGAAAGGCAUGGCAGACAUAUUCGAAGCCUGCUACGCAGAGGCGGGCAAUGCAUUGGCUUGUGCACGGAGUAGGGACUGAGGAUUCUAGCCCAUCGGUUCAAACAGUGGAUUCAAGCACCACUAUUGAGCUGCACUACGCCUCCAAGGCCUUGCGAAACAAGUGGGACAGCGUUAGUUUAGCUGAGUGGGAUGCAGUGGUGCACUUCGGUGGCGCAUGCCGAAGCUGGAGCACUGCAGAAGAAUACAUUGGUGAUGUCGUGGAUUUCCUGCAGAGUAUAGCAGAACAGAUUAAUGGUAGUGGGUCUGAGACCCUACCUCCAGUGGUCGUUGUGGUUGGAGCUGCCUCCGCUGUGCUGCCCGAGGAAGAGGCCGCACACCCAUUGCUUGCAGGAGUUCGAGGUCUAUGCCGGACAGCACGUCUUGAAAUGGAAGCAAUUGCAAACCGUCCGGUCCCCCUUGUCCUGCUAGACAUAGAGCCACUUCAUUUGGAAACUGUGCAUCCUACAGUCGACAUGCUUCAGCAGGUCGCGUCGAUUCUGCUUUCCCCCGGCUUCACAAAAUACACUCAAUCUUUCGCAGAAGACGGCCGCGAAUAUAUCGAAACCGAGUUUGCUGUCCGUAGUGGUCGCGUGCUCACUCCUCAGCUUGUGUUCAGCGGGAUCCAGCUUCUGCCGGUUGAGCGUGUGAAGUGCAAUAUAGGAAGCGGGGAAACAUUCGUAAUAUCGGGCGGCCUUGGCGGGCUCGGUCUCACUGUAGCCCACUGGCUUGCGGAUAACGGCGCCAAUGCAUUGAUUUUGCUCUCCAGGACGGGAACGCCGCCACGUGAUGGAGCCACGGCGAAACUUUGGCAGCAGCUCAUAGAGAAGCAUAGCGGUACACAAAUCAUCGUCCAAAGAUGCGACGUUGCUCGCGUAUCUGAUGUCAAGAAUCUGUUCGAUGGCAUUGCGCGGGGAUGCCUUGUUUGUCACGUCACCAGCAAGGUAUGCUUUGUAGGCCCGUUAAGUGGCAUCUUCCAUAGUGCAGGUGUACUGGUAGACAGGCCACUAGCUCAACAAGACCGAAGCUCUUUGGAGCUAGUAUUCCGACCAAAGGUAGAAGGAGCAUGGAAUAUGCACAAUUGCCUCUCCGCGCUGGGGAUGGAAGAGCGAUUGAAGUACUUCGUAAUGUUUUCGUCGUCGGUUGGACUGCUAGGGAACGCCGGCCAGGCAAACUAUGCAGCCGCCAACUGCUGUCUUGAUGAAUUGGCAAGGUACCGGCGUUCGCGUGGUCUUGUUGCCCAUAGCAUUCAGUGGGGCCCAUGGGUGGAGCAAGGCAUGGCUACACAGCUGAAAGGGCGUUUUGCGAAGGCGGGAUUUGGGGGAAUUUCCAACCCACUGGGACUGCUGGCGCUCAGUGCAAUUUUGCAACAAAAUGUAGAAGUUGUUGUGGGAUGUCAACCGCUGUACUGGAGCCGCUUCUUGCAGCGUUAUAAAUUCGGCAUUCCAGUAGCCCUCCAACAGUUCGGAAUGCUUGAGUCAGGUGCAUCUAAGUCAUCUGCCGACACUUCAGGCCACAAAGGUGGAAGUUUUGUAGAGCCUGCGCACAAAGCAAGUAGGGUGCAGCAAAAGGAUAAGCGCGAGCGCAUCAAACAGGCCAUCAUGACGGCUGCGAAGUCUGUUUUGAAUGAUUCUACCGACUUAAGUGCAGACGCUCCUUUACAGGAGCUUGGAAUCGACUCUUUGGGGGCAAUUGAGUUCCGAGACUCAGUCCAAAGCGCACUGAAUGUAAGACUCAGCGCAACUGUUCUAUUUGACCAUCCAACUGUCGACGCGCUGACGAAGUUUCUUUUGCAAGAAGUAGGCGAGGAUAAAGACACUGAAAGCAAGCCCGCUGCACUUGUCGAGCCGUCGACACCUUUUGAAGCUGCAGCAGGCGUCGAAGUUGCAGUAGUGGGAAUGGCAUGCCGUUUUCCAGGGUCGGACAGUGACCCCAGUGGAUUUUGGAGGAUGCUUUUCCACGGUGUAGAUUGCAUAUCCAACAUUCCUGAAAACAGGUUUGACGUUGAUGGUUCAUACAAUCCAGACCCUGAUGCUCCCGGUAAGAUGUAUGUGCGCCAAGGAGGCUUCAUUGGAUAUAUGGAUCUUUUUGACAAUCAUUUUUUUCAUAUUUCCGAUGGAGAAGCAAGACAAAUGGAUCCUCGACAACGCGUUUCACUCGAAGUAGCAUUUGAAGCUGUUGUUGAUGCCGGGUUCGAUGGCUUGGAAGACUUGAAAGGUCUUCCUAUUGACGUCUUUGUUGGUUCAAUGAACCACGAGGACGUCUUCAAGGACCUCUCCUCCAUCACAGCGUUCACAGCGACAUCCAAUGCCGUAUCAAUAUUAGCAAACCGAAUAUCGUACUUCUACUCUCUGACAGGCCAAAGCGUGUCAGUUGAUACCGCUUGCUCAUCCUCCCUUGUUGCCCUUUGCCUCGCCCUACCAUCACUCCAUUCACAAGAAAGGACUGCACUAGUAGUUGGCGUUAACGCGCUUCUCUCAGCCGCUUAUUUUGUUCAGACAUGCAAAGCGCACAUGCUCAGCAUUGAUGGAAGAUGCAAAACCUUCGACGCCUCUGCCAACGGCUAUGUCCGCAGUGAGGGAUGUGGCGCAAUACUGGUGAAGGCUCUACCGCGUCACUCCACAGACCCACGGGCUGUCUACGCCUGGAUUCGGGGUGCUGCCAAUAACCACGUAGGCAGAAGCGCAAGUCUCACUGCGCCCAACGGCCCUGCUCAACAAGCAGUCAUUCGAGCAGCUCUUCACGAUGCCCAAGUAAAAUCGCCUGCAGAUGUGUCGGUGUUGGAGGCACAUGGUACUGGGACGUCUCUGGGAGAUCCUAUCGAAAUUGGAGCGAUCCGCGCAGUCUACUGCAAUGGCUUUGCAGACAGUCCCCCACUGAUAGUGGGCGCCUUGAAAUCGCUCAUGGGGCAUUCUGAAGGGGCCGCAGGCAUCGCGGGACUCAUCAAGCUAAUUCUGGUCCUGCAACACAGAAUGGCUACUCCAAAUCUGCAUCUAAACAUGCUAAACCCACACAUUGACGUGACUAGAAGCGACAAGUACAGAGGCCUCAUGUUUCCGAGCAAGUGUGUUCCCCUCGAUGGCCUGUUUGGGAUUCACGAGUCGCAGCCACUGCUGGGUGCGGUGAGUUCGUUCGGAUUUGGAGGUUCCAAUGCUCACGCAAUUGUUGAGGUGGCCCCCACGUUCAAGUCGACCUGGGCGGCAACUGGGGAGCCAGCCAACGCCACUUCGGGAAAACGCUGUGCCAGUACUGUGUGGCUAUUUACUGGACAAGGAUCGCAAUACCUGGAUAUGGCAUGUGCUUACUUCAACCAUAGUGCUGUAUUCAGAAACACAAUUUCCGAAUGCACCGCGUGUUUGAAGGAAAUGCACUGGUUCCCAGAAAGAGGCCCUCAAAGUGUUGAAGACAUGAUAUAUGGCGCAGGAGCGCAACCCGACAGGAAGGCAAUGGAGGAACUCUUAAGCCAAACGCAAUACUCACAAGUUGCUAUCGUCGCCGUUGAGCUAGGUUUGAGUCACGUGCUUCUGGACCGCGGGAUGAAGCCCGACGUUGUGAUUGGCCACAGCUUGGGUGAAUACGCGGCGGCCGCUGUUGCUGGCGUGAUGGGAUGGAAGGAUGCCUUGCGUCUUGUUGCAAGGCGCGCAUCGCUGCUGGCGGCCCAGCCCAGCAAUGACGGAAUCAUGGUAGCUUGCCGGCUGCCAGCUGACAAAGUCCAAACUGCCCUCUCCGGCGACCUUCAACACUUGCACGCAGUCGCCCUUGCAGGGGACAAUGCUCCACAAAGCGUGACGAUUGCAGGAGCGAGGGAUGAAGUGGACACGCUGCUUCGGCACCUUGGUGCUUCUGCUGCUGCCAGGCGCCUCCCAGUAUCCCACGCUUUCCACUCUCCGCUCAUGGCGGGUGCUGUUGCGGAGAUGGAAGCAAUUGUCAGCACAGUAAACCUACAGCCGGCGAGCAUACCCAUUGCUUCGACGGUUCGUGGGCGAAUGCUUGACCCAUCAGAGCCUCAAGAUCCACAUUAUUGGGGCGGGCAGCUUACGCUGCCUGUCAGGUUUAGGGAAGCUGUUAUGGCCGCGGUUGAGUCAUGCGGUUUGGAUCACAUUAUCUUUGUAGAGAUAGGGCCUCAGCGCACGCUUGUUAAUCUUGCGAGCCGAAUUCUCCUGAACCAAAAAUGUCUAGACACAAAAUACUUUGAGAUGUCAGGGCCUAACCAAUGCUUGGCGGACCAUUCUGAACUUGAAAUGCGCCUUCAGCAGAUAUGCAAUUCAGCCGUAACGCAUUCUGCGUGCUCCUGGAACCACAAGAGGUUCCCCUUUCCAUUUGAAUCGAUAAAAAGUAAAUACAAUCAAGCCAGUGCUGAUUCAGCCGUAGAGAAGGAGCUUCAAGCGUUCCAGGGGCCGCUCUGGAAAAUGACAUGGAGAGAUGGGAUUUCUCAGGAAUCAUGCAGCGCUCUUGCCCAGCGAGCAAGGAACUGGUUGUUUUGUGGCGUUCCAAAAGAAUAUCUUUCUGCCUUUCAAAGUCUUCUUGAAUCUUUAGGUAUCAAAGAAGCCAAGAUCGCAGAAGCCUUCAGCAUCCAACAAGUGUCCUCUCUUCCCCGUUUGUCCUCUGGACGCGUUGCAGAUGGAGUGAUAUUCGUGGGUGGCCUGUGGGGCUCUCAUUCAAGCACAUCAUGUCUUGAUGAUCUUAGGAACAUACUUCUUGCAUACAUCAAGUCGGCAGAAGAUGAUACAUUCCUUUGCCCUCCCUUAUGUGUGGUUACUAGGUGCAGCAACAGCGCUUUUGGAGUCCCCACUGAUAUCGACUCCAGCAAGCAUGGUACCGAUUUCCACAUAAGGCACGCGGGGCUACUGGGAAUGUGUCGCACUUGUCGGCUCGAAGUUCAAAGGUUCUGCAAGAAGCCAUUUACGAUGUUGUACGUAAACGUUGAAGAAGCAUCUGUAGAAUUUCUGGGAAAGGCUUGUGGCUGGAUUGGCGCACAGUUUGAGUUAUUGAGCCAUAGUUCCCCUGCUUUAGUUGAGGAAGAUGUCAUCAUCACAAGCACGAGUUAUAUGGUUCCCCGCCUAGUACAAGUCCCCACUAGCCAAGCACAAGACAGAGUACCACCUUCUGGAGCGAAAGCUUACCUGAUUACUGGCGGCACUGGAGGAUUGGGUCUAAGUGCUGCAGAGUGGCUACUGAAACAAGGAGCAGGCUUAGUUGUCCUCCUAUCGAGAACUGGGAAGCCUGCCGGUGCACUAUUGCAAACGGCAGCUUGGAGGGCUAUAGAGGAAGGAAUUCAUGCAAAACGGGUUGAAAUUAUGCCUUGCGAUGUGUCAAAUUUUCAAGCUGUCAACGACAUCCUCUCUAAAGUUCACCAAAACUUCCCCAUUGGAGGAAUAUUUCACUGUGCUGGCAUUGAGGGCGAGGCUAACCUCCAAGAUUCGAAUCUGCAAAGCAUCGAAUACGUGUACCAACCCAAAGUGAGUGGAGCGUGGAACCUGCACCUUGCUUGCCAGCAGUUGAACUUGGAAGCUAGCCUUGACAUGUUCGUUCUUUUUUCCUCUAUAUCAGCCCUGCCCGGAAAUGACGCUCUGGCGACUUAUGCUGCUGCCAAUGCAUUUUUGGAUUCGAUGGCAUGUUGGCGCAAGUCCCAAGGGCUCCAGGCUCAAAGCAUUCAGUGGGGCCCCUGGAAUGAUGUUGGCAUGGUCACAAGAAACAAGAGGCUUGAGCGGGUAUUCGAGUCACGUGGAAUUAAGCCAUUCGUGCCUGUAGAUGGUGUAAAGGUCAUGGAACUGGCUCUGCGGAUGAAAGAACCAUGUGUAUGCGCCUUGAAUGUAAAUUGGAAGAAAUAUUUACGAGCAUUUGGCCAGUCGGUCCCACAAGCGUUCAUAGAAGCGGGGUUGGAGAAGCUGGGUCCUUCUUCAGGCCACGAAAUAGAUGCUCAUUCGAGGGAAUCCAUUGAGUCCACAGUUCUUGAAGCCGCAAAGGCAUUGGUUGGUGAAGAACGAAAUAUCAGCGCAGAGACACGCCUAGACGAGCUUGGGCUUGAUUCCUUGGGGUCUGUUGAACUUCGAAAUAUUAUUCAGGAAAAGCUCUCAAUGAGCUUACCAGCCUCUCUGCUUCUGGAGUAUGGAACUCUAGGUGAAGUUAUUGAGUACAUAUCAGAAUGCCUCCAUAGCCAGCUGUCCGCCAGUUCCAUAAGUCGCCCAUCAGCUGCAAGGCCGCUUCCCUCAGCGGAACUAGAAGGGUUUGCUGUAAUCGGCAUGGGCUGUCGGCUCCCAGGAAAGAGCAAUUCACCUGAAGAGUUCUGGAGCAUGUUGGUCGCUGGGACGGACUGCGUGCAAGAUAUUCCGUGGCAACGGUUCAACAUUGAGCCUCUCUUUGAUCCAGAUCCUGAAGAAAACAAAUGCUAUGUAAGGGAGGCUGCCUUGCUGGAUAACGCUCACCUGUUUGACAAUGAGUUUUUCCGAAUGAGUGAAAGCCAAGCGAGAAAUAUUGAUCCUCAACAGCGCGUAUUACUGGAAGUGGCUUAUGAGACAUUUGUCGACGCAGAAUAUCGGCAAGAAGACGUCAAGGGCCAAGACAUUGGAGUCUUUUGUGCAACUUACACAAAUGAAUAUCAACUGUCUAGUUUAACCAAGGGGGAAAAUGGUAUUCUUGCAAUCGGGGAAGGCUCAGACGGUGGCGUGCCCCGGUUGGGUGAAGCUUCCGGCUACCCUGAGCCUGGUGGACUGAUGUGCCUAAUUCCCAAUAGAAUAUCGUACUCUCUUGGCCUAAUUGGGCCCAGCUUGGGAGUUGACACUGCAUGCGCAUCCGGUCUUGUGGCCUUGGACACGGCAAUUAUGAAGCUGAGACUCUCAGCGUGCUCAAAAGCGUUCGUUGGUGCGGUGAGCCUGAUCCUGGUUCCUUGCUUUUUCCUAGGUGGCAGUAAGACGCGUCAAUUUUCGAAGUCUGGGAGGUGCCGCACAUUUGAUGCUGCAGCAGAUGGGCUUGUACGUGGUGAAGGGGCUGCUGGUAUUCUCCUUGCACCGUUAGAGACUGCAAGGCGUGAGUCAAAGUUCGUGCAUGCUGUUGUGCGAGGCUCAGCAGUAUCGCACUAUGGACAAGGUGCGCGUCUGACAGCUCCAAAUAGUAGAGCCCUUACACGGGUUCUUAAGUUGGCGCUGGAGGAUGGCAAAGUAGAUCAGUCCAUGGUCAGGUGCUACGAGGCACACGGCACGGCUACCGUUCUCGGGGACAUUAUAGAGAUGAAUGCGCUUAAACAAGUGUUUGAGGACAGACCAAAAGACGCUCCGCUUAUCGUAGGCAGCGCCCACAACAAUAUCGGGCACCUAGAUUCUGCCGCAGCUCUAGUUGCGUUCAUGAAAACCGUACUUACGUUGAAGCAUCGCUAUGUCCCACCGAACAUCCAAUUCAAGAAGAUGCAUCCAGAUAUUGGCGCUUUCGACAGAACCAGUAUAAUUUACACUCGUGAAGGCCAAACUAUUCACACUUCCGAUAACCAAACACGGAUUUUCGGAGCAAAUCUUGCCUACGGUCUAGGUGGCACAGUGGUCGCGUCGAUCACAGAAGAGGGUGACGAUCCUACAAUGGCACCAAAGGUUACGCGGCAUGUGUGGAAGCACAAUUCGUUUCCACUCGAUUCACAGAAGUUCGUCUUCUUACUGGGUGCAGCAGCACUGCUGGCCCAAGAUCGGAAGCAGACUCCUCGGGAUGAUGUUGCGUACCUGGUGGAUCACAUUUGCAAAGAUAUGCUUAACAGGCAUAAUUUAGUAUCAUUGAAGCCAUGCACACCUCCUAGUAUUGUGUCCGAGAUUUUUUUGACAGGAGCUACGGGCCUUACUGGAAGCCGAAUUUUGUUUGGCUUGCUAGAGCAGAGGAUAGAUUGCGGAAAGGAAGUCCAAAGUCGAUUUCCCCGCAUCUACUGUCUGGUUCAAGCUCGUGACCGAAUGCAUGCGAUGUAUCGUAUCGUCGAUGCUGCUGUGGGGAGGGGCCAGAAAUGGAAAGCCCGCUUUUUUGAGCAAAUCGUGCCGGUUGUUGGAGACUUGAAAGCUCCCAGGAUGGGCCUGUCCUCGAAAACAUUUGAAACGCUGGCAACUAGAGUUGAGGCGGUGUAUCAUGCUGCAAGGGUUGUAGACUUUGCACAGCCGUAUGAGAAGAUCCGAAAAGCCAAUGUCCUUUCGCUCCUGCCCCUAAUAGAGUUAUGCACCACAGGAAUAGCUAAGCACUUCCACGUUUUAUCAGACUUCGCGGCUCACAUUCAGUACUUUGGAGCAUUCGCUGGGGACCUAAACGUGUCUUUACCAGAGCAACUUUCCGUGCCUGACGAGCUGGUAUGCAGAAUGGAAAACCAAAUGCCAGCGAGCAUUAUCGGUUAUCCGUGGGCAAGAUGGGCUGUAGAGGAGGUGCUUUUGAAGUGUCAACAACGGCUGGACGAGCUAAAGAAGUCUGCAACAGGAAGUUCUCACGACAUCGAGAACAAGUUCGCCUUCACAGUGUACAGAAUACCAAACUCAGCAGUGUACUUCAACAAUGGCAGAAUCGAGUUCUCAAAUUCUUUCUUUGCAAUUGUAAUGGCUGCAUUGCAAGAAGGUAUCGUUCCUCCAGGCGUUUUGCCAGUAGGGCCCCCGUUCUUAACUACUCCCAUUGAUAUAUCAGCAGACAUUUUAGUUAACAUUUCAAGGUGUCCUGAACGCCCCACCGUCAUCCACAUCGUCAACCCCACUGGAGUUCGACGGUCAGCGAUUAUUGAAGCACUACAGAGCCUUGGUAUUCCAUUCCGGGAGUCAUGCGAGGACGAACUUUUUCGGGGAAUCGAAAAGAAUCAGAACGGCUCUUGUGCUUACUCGCUGCUCCCUAUAAUGCGCUUCUGGAGACGCUACUGGUUUUCUGAAGACCUGGAUAGGGAGGCCUUUCCAAUUGAAAUUGCAAACGUGGAAGCCUGCCUUCCCCAUGCUUUGAAACGAUUCCCGAGCGCCAGGGAAAUUUGGACAAGGAUGCUAGCCUACUGCUUGGCGAAUUACCAUCUCGUUAGGGAUCCCUACGACACCAUCUUGCCUAAUGAAUUCCUUCGUAUUGUUGGAGCCUCCAUUCUUUCCACAGCGUCAUUUAAACAACUUUCUAGUCGCACUCAGGAGAUGCUAGAGUCUGCACUCCAUGGCAAAGGGGAUGAUGAAAUUGAGCAUGCGCUAGAUUGGGAGAAAGCGCAGUUCUUAUCCGGCUCAUCUUUUAAAUAUCUUCCUAUAUCGGAAUGA